GUCUUGAUUGAUGGUGAGGUGGUCACACUGCCCUACACGUACCUGGCAGAUUGCUGUCAGUGUCCGAAAUGCAAGGACCCCAAAACCUCUCAAAAGACAUUCAACACGGGUGAUAUCCCGCUCGAUAUCCAACCUGCUGCGAUGCGUGGCUUACCCAAUAUGCUAGAAGUGAUUUGGCAGGGUGGUCGGCAUCGUAGUACGUUUAGCGUUGACUUCCUUGCACAGCACAAGGAUCGACAAGCAUUGACUGCUUCUCGGCAUAAUGAUCGACGACCGAUCCUAUGGGAUGCCCAAACGAUGCAAGGACAGGUCCCCGCUGUGUCUGUGACAUUUGGCAAGUUUAAGCAAGAUGAAGGGACCCUCGCACACGUCGUCCAGGCACUACAACAAUAUGGAUUGGCCUUCAUUACUGGCUGCCCUGCAGGUCAUGCCAAAAGUGAGGAAGCACAGCAUGAGCUCGCGAAGCUCGCAACACGCAUCGGACCCCUCAAACGGACCUUCUAUGGUGAGACUUGGAAUGUCCAGUCGUUGGAGGAUGCCAAGAAUGUGGCCUAUACCAGUGUCGACCUGGAUCUACAUAUGGAUCUCCUCUACUUUGAAUCUCCACCGGGACUGCAAUUCCUGUACUGCCUCGAGAAUGAGGUACAGGGUGGGACAUCUGUUUUUGUGGAUAGUUUCAACGCGGCAGAGGAAAUGCGCUUGAACGCUCCAGAACACUUCAAGACACUGUGCACGUAUGAUGUGGAUUACGAGUAUCGCAAUGACGGACAAUGGUAUCACUACAGCCGACCCACUUUCAUCAUCUCCAAGGAGACAGGCAAAGUUGAGUUUGUCAAUUACUCGCCACCCUUCCAAGGAACACAAAACCCACAGGGCUUUGAGGCCUAUCAGGAAGCCAUCGCCCUGUAUGCAAAAUUGUUGGCAAAGCCACAGAAUCGACUAGAGUUAUUGCUUGAGGAAGGGACCUGUGUCGUGUUCAACAAUAGACGGACGCUGCAUGCACGCAAGUCUUUUGGACCUGGACGACGUUGGCUCAAAGGUGCGUAUGUGGAUAUCGAUGCACUGUGGAGCAAGGAUCGUCAGUACAAGAGC